CAUUCAAAAUUUUAGUGAUAAAAAUAAUUUAAAUUAGUUACUUUUAAGAUUUCAAAAAGAUACCUUUGUAUGGAAAAAUGAAUAAAUCAUACAGGGUACUACUUUUUAGGUAGUACUAGAUAUUACAAACAAGUAACCUAAGUCUUAUUGCGAUACAGAUGGUGUCUUAGGUUUUCCUACAUAAAAACACUACAAGGAUGAGAGAGUAGUAGUCUCUAAGUCUUAAAUUAAUCCAGUGUACAGUAGGUAUAGAUGACACUGAUGAAGUAACAACUGGACUACCUAGUAGAUAAGGCUAAAUCUAUGUGGUAUAAAUAUGAAUUACUCAGAAGAUACAACCCAAUAUUGGGAACCUCCUGCUCUUAGCAAUAGAAAAGUAAGUAACAAGGGCAAAUGCAGCAAUAAUUGGCAAUUGAUAAGUAUCAAAAAAUUAUAUAGACGCAAGAAAAGAAGCCGAAUAUCUCGUAGAGAUGCUGGAGUCCAAAGUAAAAAAGAAAAAAGAAUGAAUGUAAAAACUAAAACUGAAUGCUGCCCUAAUACGAUGUGUUCUAAAUUAGUCAACACUAAACAGACUAAGUUUGAUAAGAAGUCACUGAUUAGUCUGUAUCGACAAAGAAAGACUUGUAAAACUAACAAAAGGAGACUGUGUAAAUGUCGAUUUGAAGACAAUCCUCAUAUUAAUGAAAACAAUAGUGCAGAUAAAAAUAAGCAAUUUGAAAUGAUACCCAAAAAUAACAAUACUUGUGAGAAGGGCCUGUGCCCAAAGGGAAUAAAACUCAAAGACAAAAAUUUUGCUUGCUCUUGCGAGAUGAAAACGAAAACAGCGCCUCCUGUAAAAUGUACAAAUAAAAGUGGCCAUAAAGAUAAUAAAUUAGUUAGGAAAAACUCAGUAGUAAAAAUAAAAGAAAAAGUUUCUGACAUACUUCGAAAAUGUUCUAAAAGGAUCAAAAUAAGAUAUGGUCGGAAUGAAGCAGGUAACUUUAACAAAACCGAUGAACAAAGCGUCUGUAAAAACCAAAACAAACAUGAUAUUUGUAAUGAAUGUAAGCAUAAAGAUAAUACAUAUUCUAGUAAAAACAAGUCGUCAGGAUCACUAACACUUAGUCAAAAGCUCCGCAAUAAAUUGAAAGCUAUACAUAAACAAUCAACAAAACAUCACAUUCAAAAAUGUGUCGUAGUACAAAACGAAGUAGAACAAACUGGUGAUCCAUUGUUUGAAAUAAAAGUUAACCCAAUGGAUAUGUGUGUAUUGAAUUCAUCAGAGAUCAAAGACAAAGUUAUAUCUCUGGGCCAUGAGAAGAAAAGAGAAAAAUGCGUUUGCCCCUCACACGCAGUCAAAAGGCAGUACAUCCUCGAAAGAGAAGCAUGUUUAAGCGGAGCAUGCCAAAAAGCGUUAAAACAUAAACAGACAAACUUUACUUGCAAGUGUUUGAAAAAUAAAGUUUGGACUUGUACAGAUUCCACAUGUGAUAAAGCUGAGCCUUUAAAAAAACAUGAUAACUGCCUUUGUGUAGAUGAUUCUUCUAAAGAACAUGAUAAGCCAUUAUUUGAAAUGCAAUUUGAUUCCAAUAAUAUGUGUAUUAUUAAUACGAAUGAAAUGCGUCUUAAAAUGGAAGAUAUCAAAAGGCGGAAUAAUAAAUUGUGUCGUUCAGGUAUUUGCAAGGACAAAUCUGAAGAACCUAGUACGCGCGUUGUAUGUAAUUGUAAAAAAUCUAUGAAAUAUGAUGAAUGCGCUGAAGAUACGUGCAGGCUCCCACAAAAAUGUUGUAAAUGUGGGAAACAUCGCAAUAAAAAAACGAUGAGAAAUAAUUUAGAUACGGCUUCUUUAAGAAAUAUAACAUCGAAAGUUUCAGGUUUCUGUGCCCGAAUGCUCAAAUCAGAUAAUUGGAUCAAUCGCCAAAAAAAGAGACGCAAACGACAUUGCAGGAGAUGUAAUAAUAGCAUAGCUCGAACCCAAUCCGAAAAUGUACAUAAGCGUGAUGGUCUUAAAAUUAUGAUAAAAAAGCAAAAUAAUGAAUGUUAUGACAACUGUUGUCCGUGUGAUAAUGGCAUGAGAGCUGAAAAACCUAAAAGAAAUAUGGGUGAUAUGACUAAAUCACCACAAAUUACACCUACUAAACCUGCUGCAAAGAAGAAAGUUCGUCAAAGAAAUAGAAUAAUAGUACCCGUCUCCCCUUCAAAAUUAAAUAAAAUACAAGCAAUAUGUCAGUGUCAUCACAUUUGUGAAUGUGCUUUAGAAGAACAUAAGAGAAAAAUGAAAGAGAAACAGAAAUCGAAAGGCUAUAAUCGAGGAAGAAGCAAACGAAAGAAAAAAGCUUCUGCCUCUUCAGACAAAAAAUGGACGAAGGAAAUAGAGAAACGAAAACAAUUUGCAAAAGACCGAAACAAAGCUAUGAAAGAAGAAAAUAAGAGGCGGAAGAAUCGAAUGAAAGAAGAGAUGGAAGUAUUGAAAUUAUUAGAAAGUAAAGACGGAGCUAGAGAUACUAAUUGUUGUGUAGAAAUUUUUGGAACUAUAUUUUCAAUUGGUUUCCAUACCAUCAAGAUUUUCUUUGGUGGAUUGUUUAAAAUUAUUACUGAUCCGAAAGGAAGCUACUGGUACACAAGGGAAAGGAUGCAAGACCCUCAAGGCACAUUAAUUUCAAUAAAACGAUACGUGAGACGCGGUUGGCGAAUCCGAAAGUUGAAAAUUACGAAAUGUAUGAACAAUUCGGAGACAGUUAGCAUUCUCUCUGAUACAUUUAAGGAGAGUCCCGUGUACCAAGCGUUUGCUGACAGGGGAAAAACUAAAAAAGAGCAAGAUACCUUUGCGAUGGAAAGUAAAAAAAGGAAAAAAAGGGUCCGGCACAGACAAGAUGCAGCAAUUUACGGUUGUCGUCAUGCGCUACUGACAACGUUACGGAAAACGCCUUGUUUGUGGGUUUACCACGUUUGCCCGGAAUUUUACCCGCAAUGCUUAAGUUGCUUGGCGUUCACGAGGAAUUUCUGGCAUCUGUGCCUCUUUGUGCUAGCGUUUGCGUGCUGGACACCGUGUAUCGUGUUUUGUGAAGCUAUGAGGGGUCUGUGCUGCUGCUUAUUGUGUACUGGUUAGUGCGUUGUACAAGUGACUUGUCUGGUGAAAUAAGUGAGCAUUCUGUAUUUUGUUUUAAGUAACUUGAAAAAUAUAUUAUUUAUCAAUGACAAUGUACGUCUUUUUUAUUUUUAACAACUAGGUAUGUAUGAUAAUUUCAUCACUUUACAGGAUUUUAAAUUACGAGUAGUUUAGGGACGAAUGAUUAUGGGACAUGAAUUCAUAUUACGAUACAAUUUUACAGCUAAAAUAUUUUCUUUAUAGAACCUAAAACCAUUGGAACUCCGAAAAAAUAUUGUAGGAGAUGAAUGACGAAAGGUAUGGAUGGAAUGAAUAGUAAUACUUAGUCAAUUUAUUUAUUUAUUUAUUUUAGGAAUUACAAACAAAUGUGUUACAAAAAUUAACUUAUCUACUAGACUUAUGUAUUAUUUAUGUGGUAACACAUCCCACUACGUAAUCCACAUAUUGAUAAUGAAACCAUGUAAUAUAGAGCGAGGCAAUUACAAUUAAGGUACACCUUAUAAACGCGGUGUAGCUCAACACCAAGAAGUAAUUAAUAUUAUGUUCAGACUUUUAAUUAUUAAUUUUGUUCUGUUUUUUUUUUCAUUUAAUUUAUCUUAAUUUUAAUUUGGUCACUUUGCAGAGUGUCUAAAAUAUGCUUUUUAAAUCUUGAGGAACUCUGGGAAAAAUCGAUGCUAUUAAAGUUCUGGUUGUAAAUGGACAACAGUCUAUUGAGUGGGGCUCGUAAACCCGCAUUGGUUUUACACAAAGGUGUGAAGGUGUUAGUCAAGGUUGUGAAGCGAUGUUAUCCGAACGAUGGAGGUGUCGGACUGGCCGACUCGUGAUUCGAGGAACGCGGCUUCAAUCCGCGCCGCACUAUUGUGGUGAACUCACUACUAGCAUACUUACCACGAGAAGCUCUUUAAAAAAAAGGUUAUCCUUAUCACUGCUCCCAGCCACAAUCCCAGCUCAAUAAACCGAUGCAAGGUUGGU